ACUCCCACCUACCCCACUUGUGUGUGUCUCUUUUGCAUAUAACGGUAAAGCCCACCCACAAGGAUACAUACGUUCAUUUCUUGCACAUACCUCUUUCACAAGUUCACACUCACAAACAUCCUUCAGACGGCACAAAGAAGCUUAAGGAAGGAAAAGCAUCCAUACACCUAAGUUCAAAUAAUCAUACUAUAUCAAGCAAUGUGGACCGUGCUUGCCAUUUACUUCAUUCUGCCAAACGUGCAGCCAUGCACUAAAGGUAAACCGAGAGAAUGCGCAGAAGCGAACUUCGCCCCUGGAUCAAACCUGGCAGGGGAAGGCUAUGAUGUGACCAAGAUGCAGCGCAAAGGAGCCUUCGUGAUCAACACGGACAUCUGGAGUCACAAGGAUAAAUCGUGCACCGUAUGCAAGAAUCCUUACAUGGAAGGGCAAAUACAAAAACUUCCCAUAUCCGUGGUGGACUGGAGACCCAGUCAGAAGUGCACGGCAAAGAUAUCAAGUUCCCUCUAUGAUUCCAGUGAAGAGCUGGUCAGCUCCAGCAGUUCCUCUAUUGAGAACAACUGGGCUGUGAGCUUAGGAAUAGACAUCCGUCAAAAUCAGGGCUCAUUAAUUAUGGCUGGCACUAACUCAAAGCUUGCGGAGUACUCGAUGGAGAAGACCAAAAAGGACAAGUUUAGUUUUGCCAGUCAAAGGGUUUCGUGUGCCUUUUACAGUUACAGGAUCUCUAAUAAGCCAAUUCUCCACCCUGAGUUUAAGCGCUCUAUAAAGGAGCUUCCCAAGACAUACAAUCUUGAUUUCAAACAGCGCUUCUACAAGUUUAUUGACACCUAUGGAACUCAUUAUAUCACUAAGGUAACUCUUGGUGGAAGCGUACAGUCUGUGACCAGCAUCAAGCAGUGUGAGACUGCUCUGCAGGGCUUAAGUGUGGACGAGGUGAAGAUAUGUUUAGAUGUGGAGGCAAGCGCUAACGUUCGUGGCAAAGCCGAAAUGAAAGCAGAAACUAAGCACUGCGAUGAAGACAAAGCCAAAACGGAAAGCAAAAGCAGUUUCUCCAGCCGCUUUCAAGACAGGUUCACUGAUGUCACCGGAGGGCACACCACAGAGCCCGAGCUUCUUUUUUCUGGAAAUAAAGACCCAAGCGCCUAUAAAGAAUGGCUCACGACCCUUCCGUCCAAUCCGGACGUGAUUUCUUAUUCUCUGGAGCCCCUGCAUGAGUUGAUCUCCACCAAAGAUCCACUGCGCAAACACAUGCGUCAAGCCAUCCACGACUACAUCCUGGAAAAAUCACUUUGGAGGAACUGUUCGGAACCUUGCAAGGCCGGAAUUAAACCCAACGCGAAAGAUCCCUGCGUCUGCACGUGUCACAACAAUCCUGGGAUUACACCCAACUGCUGUCCAUCCAAGCGUGGACUCGCUCGGUUAAAGGUCACAAUCGAGAGGGCGGAGAACCUGUGGGGUGACAAAGUCUCAGCAACCGACGCAUAUGUUAAAGUGUUUGACAAGCACAAUAUCCAGGUCGAACGCACUGAUAUGAUCGCGAAUAACAACUCGCCAUACUGGGGAAGAACCUUUGAUUUGGGUGAUGUUGUACUGUCGGAGAAUGACAAGCUUAAACUGGAGGUGUGGGAUGAGGAUAACAAAUGGGACGAUGACUUGCUGGGUACCUGUGAGGUACCUAUAGGUGAGAAGUCGAAUUUCUGCAGUUUAAAUCACGGCGUGCUCUUCUACAAAAUAGAAGUGACCUGCGCCCCGAGUUUGUCUGGCCCUUAUUGCUCAAAGUAUGUGGGUUCUCCGAUGAACUUUCACCUGGAGAAGGUUUACGUGUCUCGAAACGCGAGGACUUUGCCGGCAGGAAUGCUUAUGAACAAAGGGGUGCUUGUGGAUAAACUUUACGUGAAUCAGAAGACAAGUUAUUCUGCUAAAACUAUUUUGUAGGAAAAAUGCAACCAGGGUUUGAUAUUUAAUCUUGAAGUAUUUAUCAGUUUGAUUCUAUUUAAUUUUACUCAGCUUUAGGUAGGUUGUCCUUAUUGUAAGAUUUUCAUAUUUUUGUAAGACAAAAUACAUUAUUUAUAAUUAUGCUAUCAAUAUUAAUGUACCCUAUUGUCUUUUACAGUAAGCAGCAUAAUUUUUGAACCAAAGUGAUACUGAAACUUACAUUUAUUUAUGUUAACCAAGCAAAAUUGCAUGCAAAAAUUCAGUUUUUUAUUAUUCAGUUUGAAUAAUAUGUAGCACUGCAUCAAUAAAAGCUUAAGAGUCACAAAAUAAUAUGAAGUUAUUCU